AUGUGGGAGUCGCAUUUUCAUUACAUUGCAUCCACCGCACAGCAGGACGACAGGACAAACGUCCUGGCAAAUCCGAUUCGUGGGACAGUGGAUAUUGCCAAGUGGCAUAUAUCAGCGCCUACGCCAUGGGAAAAGACGAUCUACGACCCCUUCCAGGAUGCAGAUAUCGGCUCACAAUUCCCUUUGCAAAAGUCCCGAGACAACUACAUACGAGGGUCAUGCGGGCUGUUGUCAUACAUACAUGCCCCCGACAUCUAUCUGUUUCUCGAGAUCCCGUUGGCAAAAAGCAAAACCCGUCUAUGCAAUUUCCCUCCCUCCCCUCCCACGGGAACGGAGCAAUCCGUUUUGACUCGUGCCUAUACAUUACAUUUGCCCUUGGGCUCUCUCCCCCCUGAAAUAUGUAAAUGUAGCAAAGCGGGCACUUCGGGUCUCAAGUGGUGGCCCACGAGGUCCAUGACAUGGACAACAACGUGGCAAUCGUCUGCUGACUGCCGCUCCGGCCAAUUACCAGUCAUAUACGAUUCCAAGCCCUCGUCGAGCCCAAUAAAAAUCAAGGACUCUGCUUUUCCGCAGCAAAGUGAUUCGACUGGGCCAUCUGCCAGGUGA